AUGGCGUCACAGAUACAACUGUCAAUACCACAGGAAGGGAAACUGGUGAAUGUUGUGCCGGUUGUCUUAAAAGAAGCUGCUUUAGAUUCACCGAGUUUUCGAGCUACGACGGUACAUUUCUCUGAGCAGAUAGAUUAUAUGGAAAGAUGGCUCGACAAUUAUAUAAAAACUACAGGGCGGCUUACGUCCGAGCUGGCAUCGUUGGAAAACAUAUCUAAUGGAAUCCUUGCCCAUAUUACCUCACCGCCGAAUAUUUCCGAAGCCAUCCUCGAUCAAGACUACGCAUUACUCGCGAUGAAACGAUACGGAGAGUGCUUUCGAGAUAGCUGGUCUGGGAUGAUAAAUGCAACCAAGCGGUUUGAAGUACAGGUUGCGGAGCCUAUCAGGGCGUUCAUGCAGGGAGAUCUACGGGCAUUUAAGGAACUACGGAGAGUCCUUGAUCAGACUCAGAAGCAGUAUGACCAGCUACAAGCAAGAUAUUCCUCCCAAGGAAAAUCAAAGGAGCCAUCUUCUCUGAGAGAAGAUGCAUUUCAACUCCAUGAGGCUAGAAAAGCAUACCUCAAAGCCUCCAUGGACUUCUCUGUACAAGCCCCACAGCUCAAAGUUGCUCUUGAAAAGCUUCUUGUCAAAGUUUUCUUUGACCAAUGGAGGGAGUUUAGAGUCGUCAGGGAUGCAUCCUCAGCUACCUUCACCAAGUAUGGACAGGAGAUGGAGCGAACAAAAGGCUGGACCCAUGAGUUGGAGGCAGGCGAGAAGUCCGCCCGCAAAGAUCUGCUGGUAGCAAGAAAACAAAUUGAGGAAUCGGUUGAAUAUUCCACGAGACCCUCAAGAGAACUGGAGGAUUACUCUAUCUCUACUGUGCCAUACCUUGGUUCCCACGGGCCUGCAUCCGUCAAACUUGCUGAGAGCCAUGUUUUCCUUCCGGAAAAGCAAGGCUGGCUUAACCUAAGAGUCCUUACUGGAAAGCCGACGAGAACACUCUGGGUACGGCGCUGGGCAUUCUUGAAGAAUGGCAUUUUUGGUUGCUUAGUUCAAAACCCCAGAACUGGCGGAGUGGAAGAGAGCGAACGCAUAGGUGUAUUGCUUUGCAGUAUCCGUCCGGCUUUUCAAGAGGAACGCCGUUUCUGUUUUGAAGUGAAGACCAAGAGUAACACAAUACUACUACAGGGGGAAACUCAAAAAGAACUCACAGACUGGAUAGGAUCAUUCGAAGCUGCUAAACGGAAAGCCCUCGAAAGCCCUAGUUCAGAGAUAUCAGUGGUCACAAAGCCAAAGUCACCAGACCCAGCAUUUGCAAUCUCACAACCCCCUGCCCCUGAAUUUGCAGCAGACCCCUCUGACUCUUUGACCCCGAACACCAGUGAGGAACUCCCCGUUGUUGAACGCGGAGCCACUACUCCUUUAUUAGAUCUGGAUGCCCUAGGUGUCAGGAGCAGUGGUGAUUUCUCUCACUCUAGGCGAUCUACUGGCCCAGACAGAGACGCCGACAAUGCCGGUCGUGACCAUACUUCAAGGAUAAUCCAAAAGUUAGACAUCCACCGGAAACAAAAUGCAAAUUCACCUCUCCUUGUGCCGCCUUCGCCUGGGCAACCGUCAAGUGGCAUUGCUAGCUUGAUAUCUGCCAGCCAUAGCAUGUUCCCUGCCGUGUCCGUUCCGUUUACGAAGGAUGGCAAUGUCGAAAACGGCAAAACAAGAGGUGGGGCCUCUAAGAGCGACCGCAGCCAAACCUCCCUUGCACCAUCGACAUUGGUUAAUCCUCCUACGCCCACAAGUAUGAGCAGGGUGGCCAUUAUGGUUAGCGCCGAGCGAGGCAUCGGUAUGGGACCAGGUGACACCGCAAAUUCGAUCCCUACUGGAAUGAUGGCCAAUUUAUGGGGAAGUUCACAAUGGGCAAUGGUGAACCAACUUCAACGAGAAGACCCACCUUUAUCCUCUGCAACUACUCCUGAUCAUCCUGUAGUUGAAAUUACCCCUGAUACCCCCUCUAGUACUAAAGGUAACACUCAAGGCCGUACAUCUAUGACACGUCAUAGAGCUACUGUCAGCCUUGGAGACACUGGAUCAUUCAGUCCUGAUGCAAUAACAAUGCCUCAUGACUAUCCAUCUUACUAUCCGCAGCAACUUAGACCCCACAACUCUCAAUUUCGCCUACUCUUCCCCCAUAUACCCAGGAACGAAAGUCUCGUUCUCGUUUUUAGGGCCACAUUUAGUCCAAAUGAUCAACAAGACUUUCCGGGAAGGGCCUUUGCAACUACCCACAAUAUAUAUUUCUAUAGCAACCAUUUAGGGCUAGUUUUAACUACCUGCGCCAAUCUACGUAGUAUAACCGAGGUUACCGCAGCGCCCGGUAGGGAUUGUGACUUCUUAUACCUUCACGUUGUUCCAGAAAAAGGGAGCGAUAUCCCUGGACGUUUAGGUGUGAAGACAUUUUUGGAACCCCUGAAACUGCUCCAGAGGAGACUGAAUUACCUCGUCACCAAUGCUGCUCUUGAUAACCCAGCGGGAUUAGAAACAGUCAUCAGCACACUGAUCAAAUUGGAAACCACUGGUCCGACAAGAACACCUAGUAUGGACAGUUGGGAAGACGUAUCAUUGAACACCCCAGCGGAUGAUGGUACCAUGAUGCCAAAACCAGAGAAAUUGUUGAAAGCCAGCACAUACAUUGACCACGACCUGGACAUCGAUCCCAUCAAGCAGAAUCCAGCCACACAAGCUUCUCGCAUAAGAUUGCCAUCACAGCCAGUGAUAUAUGAACCGCAAGGCUGCCUUCAUCUUGCAGCCGAGCAAUACGUUAAUAUGAGCCCUAAAGCUUUAUUCCUCGUGCUGUUUGGAGAUAACAGUCCGAUUUGGCAGUUAUCUCAGCAUCAGAGAAGAGCGCAGAAUAUCAAACAAGGACCCUGGGUCACGCUGUCUUCCUCCCAUCUUCGACGUGAGAUGGCCUACCAAAUUCGCAUGGUUGAUACUUUUGGGAGGUCCCACCUCGCAGACGUUUGUGAUUACCAAAUCAUAGAUGUAUUCAACGACCACCUUUGUUACGUUGUCACGGACAAGCGGACCCCCUGGCAUCUCCCAUUUAAACGGCAAUUCAGGCUUGUUAGCAAAGCCGUCAUAACCCACGUUUCAAAAUCUAAAUGCAAACUGGCGAUAUUCACUAAAGUUGAGUGGAUAUCGCAGCCGUAUCUUAUCAGCAGCAUAAUUGAACGACAGGCCAUGAAGGAACUAGAACAAGGCUCGCUAGACUUGAUCGACCUUGUAUCAGAUCAAGUUAAACGACUUGGCCCGUAUCCUACAACGAAAGGCGCAAUAUCUAUGUUUGGAAACAUCGGCCACCAGACAGAAACUUCCAACAUCACGGUCUCUGAGAAGCUUCGGUUACAGUUACAGCGUCCAUUAAAGCAGAGUGGUUUACUGCCACUUUUAUUAGAAACAUCUGGAUCUCUCUUCCAAUCCGCAGCAUCGUCUUUGAUCAUCUGGUUCUGGGCACUGCUUCGGUGGAUUUGGAAAGUAUCCAACGCCAACAAGACUAUUUUAUUGCUACUAAUUCUUAGUCUUCUCGUUAAUGGGUUUCACUCUUGGCGUGAUACAAUGGAUUGGUGGCAGGAACGCAACGCGGGUAAAUUCAUGACCCGCCUUGGUGUUCGUCCAAAUACGGUGAUGGGCAAAGCUGUUUAUCUUAAAGAUUUAGAUGAUGCUGUUCCGAAGUCGGUCGGGAUUCAGGGCUACAAUAGUAGUAUUUGUUUUUCAACAUUCCGUGAAGAGAACGGUUUGACAAGAAAUGACUUACUAUUACCACCAUUGGGUACACCUGCCCGUAAUAAAAUAUCACGGAAUUCUGCGUACCGGCUCCAACGCACUCGCGAAAGACUUGGAACCCACCGACACAACCUCCUUGUUGGCCUAAGAGUGGUGAACAGCAUUGAGAAAGAAGUUCUCCAUUUGGAAUGGGAGAGAUGGCUCCGUCGAGAAACCGGAAGAUGCGCCAUGCUUGAUAUACUACUCAAAGAGCGUAUACAUUAUCACGAUAAUGAAGACCAUGACGGAGUUUUGGGUAUUCGAAAACAGAUUUUAUCUGGAAAUCAGAAGGAAAUUGAGAAGUGGUAUAAGGAGUAUUGUUCGAGUUGCCAGCGGGACCAGGAACGGGUUCGUAUUGACAAUUAG